AUGGUUUUCAGUGCUCAUAGAAUGUUUGUCAUUUUCAUCUGCAUUGGAGUCAUAGCAGUUCAACCAGAUAAAAUUUCUGGCCUGAGAAGUGUAGACCAUGUCCUAAGAUGGAUUGAUCAUCACGGGCUAGCGACGAAGAAUCAUCGUAUACUCAAGGCGGCUGCCAUGGAGGACCUGCAUACAGAGAAGAAACCGGCACCAGUAAACGCGACAGUUGAUCCAAAUCAAUCCAGCAAAAGAAAGGUUCGAAAAGGAUCGGAUCCCAUCCACAAUAGGUCUUGA